UAAGCUGGCGCCAGAUAAAAACGAAUAUGGGUUAAUUUUAGUUUAUGUUUAAAAUGUUAAUUAGCACUAACACACCAGCUCGUCUUUAAUAACAGUUAAGUUUUGCCAGCUGAAUGAGCAGCUGAUCCAUUAGAAACAGCUGAGUGCGAGACCAGGCAAAACGUGGACGCCACAUAAACCACACAUACGUAUGUAUAUGAAUAUAUACAAUAACUACGAGUACGCAAUAUAAAUUUAUGAAUGGAGUUGCCAAAACAAAGGCCACACCAUGACAUCGGAGCGCUCUUCGCAGACGCGCAGGACUUUGUACGCAUCAGUGCUCCCAUGGUCAGAUACAGUAAGCUAGAAUUUAGAAGGUUGCUUCGCCAGAAUGGAGUGCAAUUGGCCUUUACUCCCAUGAUGAUUUCCGAUUCGGUAAACAACAGCGAAAAGGCCAGGCAAAACGAGUUUACCACUGGCCCAGAUGACCAGCCGCUCAUCGCACAGUUUGCCGCCAAGGAUGCAAUGGAAUUUGUCACGUCUGCGCAGCUCGUUUAUCCUUAUGUGGAUGGUGUCGAUCUUAACUGUGGCUGCCCACAAAGUUGGGCCAUUGCCAAAGGCUACGGCUGUGGUCUGUUGCGCCAGCCAGAGCAAGUUCGGGAUGUUGUCCAAUGCUUGCGGCGAACGUUGCCAACGGAUUUUAGCGUAUCGGUCAAGAUGCGUUUGUUGCAAAGCAGCGACAGCCGGACAUCAUUGCAAAGAACGAUCCAGCUGGCACAGCAACUGGAGCACUGUGGUGUCACAUUCUUGACGUUGCAUGGACGUACGCCGUCACAGAAGCAUUCCAAGGACACGCUUAACGUUGCGGCCAUGGCAGAGGUGUGCCAAUCGCUGCAAAUUCCGCUUAUAGUCAAUGGUAAUGUGGAAAGCUUUCAAGAUGCAUGCGAACUGCAUGCCAAGACACAUGCAGCGGGCGUUAUGGCUGCACGUGGAUUACUCGCCAAUCCGGCGCUCUUCAACAGCGACUAUCCGCAGGCCACAACGACUCCCAAGGCCUGUGUGCAGCAGUGGCUGGACAUCGCCGAGUCGGCUGGUGACCACUUGCAGUUUCAGUGCUUCCAUCACCACUUAAGCUUCAUGUGGAGCAGCGAAAUGAAACGUGCAUUGCGUGUCCAGUUCAAUAGUCUGAGCAGCAAAUCGCAAGUGCUGCAGUUUCUGGCCGAGCACUAUGAUCUGCGUCCAAAUGCCACCAGUUCAGCGCAGCCGGCAACCUACACAAAUUGUUCGUACUCCCAUUUCACACCGCCCAAACAUGCCCGGCACCUGGCUGCCGAGGCGGAGGAAAGCUGUUGGAACUCGGAGAGCGAUGGCAAAUAUUUUACAGAGUUUAAAACCCAACAACAGUCCCGCGAAAAGUUGGAGGAUCUCGACCUAGGUGGUCUGUUUGUAGACGAGGACUGAUGUUUGUAAAAUAAUUAAGCUAGUAAUAAGGUUACUUGUGGCACUGAAUGUUUUCAAACUAAAGA